GUAGCAUGACUGCCAGCAGGGGGAAGACCAUGAGGAUGGAGCAGGGGAGGCCAUGCCGGCUCAUGGAAGUGCACGGUUGUCUGUAACGUGCCGCCGGGUCCCAGAAUGAAGGAGUGAGGUCUCCCAGCUGCCUGUGCAGGAUCCUCGACUCGGGAGCCCGCUGCAGUCUGAGUUUACCGAGAGCACCCUGAGGCAAGCAGGGUAGCCGCCUGGUCCAGGAAUGUUCACCCUUGCAGAAGUUGCCUCUCUCAAUGACAUCCAGCCUACUUACCGUAUCCUGAAACCAUGGUGGGAUGUAUUUAUGGAUUAUCUGGCUGUUGUUAUGUUGAUGGUCGCAAUCUUCGCGGGAACCAUGCAGCUUACCAAAGAUCAGGUGGUCUGCCUGCCAGUGUUGCCAUCCUCUGUAAAUUCAAAAGCACACCUUGUGUCAGGAAAUGCUGAUGUGACCACUGACGUCCCGAAGUUUGAAGUCGCCACAGAGCAAGACCAAGACCAGGGGACGACCAGACCCACAUCCUUUGAUGAGGCAGUUGCCGUAACCCCUGGCUCACCUCUCAGCAGGGCUAGCUCUCCUCACACAGAUUCCCCGGUCCCAAAUCGGGAGGUGAGAAAGAUCGGAGACCCAACAGGUCGGAAAACUAACUUGGAUUUCCAACAAUACGUAUUUAUUAACCAGAUGUGUUACCAUCUCGCUCUUCCGUGGUAUUCCAAGUAUUUUCCCUACCUUGCUCUAAUACAUACUAUUAUUCUCAUGGUCAGUAGCAACUUUUGGUUCAAAUAUCCUAAAACGUGCUCAAAAGUAGAACAUUUUGUUUCUAUAUUAGGAAAGUGCUUUGAAUCUCCUUGGACUACAAAAGCACUGUCUGAAACAGCAUGUGAAGAUUCAGAGGAGAAUAAGCAGAGAAUUACUGGGGCCCAGUCUCUACCAAAACACGUGUCCACCAGCAGUGAUGAAGGGAGCCCCAGUGCAAGUACCCCCAUGAUCAACAAAACUGGCUUCAAGUUUUCAGCAGAGAAGCCUGUGAUAGAGGUCCCUAGCAUGACUAUUCUAGAUAAAAAAGACGGAGAACAGGCCAAAGCCCUGUUUGAGAAGGUGAGGAAGUUCCGUGCCCACGUGGAAGACAGUGACCUGAUUUAUAAACUCUAUGUAGUCCAGACUGUCAUCAAGACAGCUAAGUUCAUUUUCAUUCUGUGUUACACUGCUAACUUUGUCAAUGCCAUCAGCUUUGAGCAUACCUGCAAGCCCAAAGUGGAGCACCUGACUGGCUAUGAGGAGUUUGAGUGUACCCACAACAUGGCUUAUAUGUUGAAAAAGCUGCUCAUCAGUUACAUCUCCAUCAUCUGCGUCUAUGGUUUUAUCUGUCUCUAUACCCUCUUCUGGUUGUUUCGGAUACCUUUGAAAGAGUAUUCCUUUGAAAAGGUGAGGGAAGAGAGCAGUUUCAGUGAUAUUCCGGACGUCAAGAAUGACUUUGCCUUUCUUCUACACAUGGUCGACCAGUAUGACCAACUGUACUCUAAGCGUUUUGGUGUCUUCUUGUCUGAAGUCAGUGAAAAUAAACUUAGGGAAAUCAGCUUAAAUCACGAGUGGACUUUUGAAAAACUCCGGCAGCAUGUGUCUCGCAAUGCCCAAGACAAGCAAGAAUUGCACCUUUUUAUGCUCUCGGGAGUUCCCGAUGCCGUGUUUGACCUCACUGACCUUGACGUGCUUAAACUGGAGCUCAUCCCAGAAGCUAAGAUCCCGGCUAAGAUUUCCCAGAUGACUAACCUGCAAGAGCUCCACCUCUGCCACUGUCCCGCCAAGGUGGAGCAGACGGCUUUUAGCUUCCUCCGAGACCACUUGAGAUGCCUUCAUGUCAAAUUCACCGACGUGGCUGAGAUCCCGGCCUGGGUGUACUUGCUUAAGAACCUUCGGGAGUUGUACUUGGUAGGCAAUUUAAACUCAGAGAACAAUAAGAUGAUAGGGCUGGAGUCUCUGCGGGAGCUGAGGCACCUUAAAAUCCUCCAUGUGAAGAGCAAUUUGACCAAAGUUCCAUCCAACAUCACCGACGUAGCCCCGCAUCUCACCAAGUUAGUCAUUCACAAUGACGGCACUAAGCUUGUGGUACUCAACAGCCUUAAGAAAAUGAUGAAUGUAGCCGAGUUGGAACUCCAGAACUGUGAGCUGGAGAGGAUCCCUCAUGCCAUUUUCAGCCUCUCUAAUUUGCAGGAGCUGGAUCUGAAGUCCAAUAAUAUACGCACAAUUGAGGAAAUCAUCAGUUUCCAGCAUUUGAAAAGACUGACUUGCUUGAAAUUGUGGCAUAACAAAAUCGUGAACAUUCCCCCCUCCAUUACCCACGUCAAGAAUCUGGAGUCACUUUAUUUCUCUAACAACAAGCUUGAGUCCUUGCCCGGGGCAGUGUUUAGUUUACAGAAACUCCGAUGCUUAGACGUGAGCUACAACAACAUUUCAGUGAUCCCCAUAGAAAUAGGAUCUCUCCAGAACCUGCAGCAUUUGCAUCUCACCGGGAACAAAGUGGACGUUCUGCCCAAACAGUUGUUUAAAUGCGUUAAAUUGAGGACUUUGAGUCUGGGGCAAAACUGUAUCACCUCAAUUCCAGAAAAAAUCGGUCAGUUAUCACAGCUCACUCAGUUGGAACUGAAGGGAAAUUGCUUGGACCGCCUGCCAGCCCAGCUAAGUCAGUGUCGACUCCUCAAGAAGAGUGGACUGGUGGUGGAAGAUCACCUCUUUGACACGUUGCCAACAGAGGUCAAAGAAGCGUUGAACCAAGACACAAAUACCCCUUUCGCAAAUGGGAUCUGAGUGGAGAUCACACAUACCCACACCCACGGGUGGGAAAGACUUUCUAGGUUGCAAAUGCUUGCAUACAAGUUAUUGCAAGAUGAUGCAUUAGGAGGAGAGACACCUUUAAAGGAGAGAGAGUGAGCGAGAGAGUGCAAGAGUGAGAAUGAGUAGAAGCCUGACAGGAGGCGUAACCGAGGGUUCAGUGUUCAUAGUGUUUCAAGACAACAUUUCCAAAUCUUUUUUUCUUUUUUUCUAUUCUUUUUUUUUUUUUUUUUUGGUGGGAAGGGAAGGACAAAUUAUAAUCACUAAUCUCGAUUUCUUUUUAAAUUGUAACUUGGAUGCUGCCGCUGUUGAAUGUUUACAAAUUGCUUGCCUGCUAAAGUAAAUGAUUAAAUCCACAUUUUCUUACUAUAUAA